AUGCAUCCGGCCUCAUUCGUGUCAAAUUCAAGUUGGUUGAUGCAACAAAGGAAAAGCACAAUAUGGACAAGAGAAGAGAACAAGAAAUUUGAGGUCGCUAUUGUAAUUUAUGAUGAGAAUACUCCCUACAGAUGGCAUAAGGUGGCAUCUUUGAUCCCAGGAUACUUGGCUGCUGCUUUCACAUUAGAAUUUGGAGAAAAUCGUGAUUUUAAUGCUUUUAGGAAGAAAGGAAGGUCUAGUGAUCAAGAAAGAAAGAAAGGUGUACCAUGGACAGAGGAGGAACACAGGCGUUUUCUCUUGGGACUAGAAAGACACGGAAAAGGUGACUGGAGAAAUAUAUCGCGAAAUUUUGUGAUCUCCAAAACACCUACUCAAGUUGCAAGCCAUGCUCAAAAAUACUUUCUAAGGCAGCUUACUGAAGGGAAAGAAAAGAGGCGUCCAAGCAUUCAUGAUAUGACAAUUCCUCAUCUCACACACACCACCGCCACUACUACUUGUUCAGAAUCAGUUGAUAAAAACCCCAACUCAACUGCCACUCCAAAAAAAUUACUCAACUGGAACAACAAAAAUGAUGUUGCUUUAACGAUUUUUGACUCGAUUGCAUAUCCACAAGAUAUUACAAGAUUUCAUGGAAGAGCUGGGAGCAAUAUCUGUUCACUAUACUAG